AAAUUCAUCAAACCGUUAAUGUUAACUCGCUAAGUUAAUUAAACCGUUGUAGCGUUCAAAUGGAAAAGAAAACAACGUUAAAACCGAGUGUUUUUAAUCUAUUAAUAGUUAGUAAUGUUAAUAACAACACGCUGCAGUGAAGCACAACCCCUGACCUUUCACCUUUGACUGUGUUUGUUCGCAGCAGUAAUGGACGGAAGACAUGACCCACCUUGUAGCAGAGCAGGCCAUGACAGUUAACCGUUACCGUGGAGGCGGAAGGUGAACCGGAGCUGAAUGACCCUCUAACAGGUGUAAUGGCAGUCAAAGGCCUGAUGACGUGGCUCUAGCGGUGCAGCGCUGCCCUAGCUGGCACCAUGCAGCAGAAAGGUGCAAUCCAAAUUAUAGAAUGGGAGGACCUGGACAAGAGGAAGUUCUACUCCCUGGGUGUGUUCAUGACCUUGACCACCAGGGCCACCGUCUACCCGGCCAGCCUCAUCCGCACUCGGCUCCAGGUGCAAAAGGGAAAGGCGCUCUACUCCGGCACCUUUGACGCUUUCUGCAAGAUCCUGCGUAUGGAGGGGGUACGGGGCCUCUACCGUGGCUUCAUGGUCAACACAUUCACUCUGGUCUCAGGACAGGCUUAUAUCACUACCUACGAACUGGUGCGUAAGUAUGUGUCCCAGUACUCACCCAGUAACACGGUGAAGUCGGUGGUGGCUGGAGGAUCCGCCUCCCUGGUGGCUCAGACCAUCACUGUGCCCAUAGACGUGGUGUCCCAGCACCUGAUGAUGCAAGGACAGGGGGAACACCUGACUCGCUUCAAGGCCAAACCCAAAAUGAUGCUGGCAACGACGAAGCGCAGACUGACUUUCGGGCAAACCCGUGACAUUACGGUGCAGAUAUUUGCAGCCGAUGGUUUCAGGGGAUUUUAUAGGGGCUACGUGGCAUCGCUACUCACGUACAUCCCGAACAGCGCACUAUGGUGGCCUUUUUAUCACUUUUAUGCAGAGCAGUUGUCGUUGAUGGCACCAAGUACGUGCCCCCAUCUGAUUCUGCAGGCUCUGGCAGGACCAAUGGCAGCAGCAACCGCCUCCACCAUCACCAACCCCAUGGAUGUUGUUCGAGCAAGAGUACAGGUGGAGGGACGAUCGUCUGUCAUUGAAACGUUCAAGCAGCUGCUGGCAGAGGAGGGCGUCUGGGCAAUGACCAAGGGGCUGUCGGCCCGCAUCAUUUCCUCCACGCCCACGUCAGUGCUCAUCGUGGUGGGAUACGAGACACUGAAGAGACUGAGCUUGCGAGCUGAGCUUGUAGAGACCAGACACUGGUAAAACACCAGAGAGAACCAGGACAACCUCGUACUGUGCUUCACCUCUGCACAGCCCGGCAGGAACUUUUCACACAGGAGACAACGACCCAGAUCCAUGACCAGAUCAGCCUUGGGGUAACUGCUCACCUGUUUAAGCUGCGUCCACACGCCUUGUUAGUUACAAGUGUUAUAAUCUUGCCAUUUUCUAUUUGUCAGACCCAUUUCCACCGGCCCCUUUUCUUCUUGUUCUGCUAAACUGUUACUGUGAAAUAUGACAAUAUGAGUGAAAACAAUGUGCUGCAUUUAGCCAAAAAUCCCCAUCUUAAGCAAAAACAUGACAAAUCUUAAAAUUUGACAGAUGACUGAAGAACAUAGACUCGUAAAGGACAGAUUUUUUUGAUUAAUUAACGCCUCCUGUAUUGUAUAUUUUAACAAUAUGAAAUCACUGCCCCAGUGUACUUUCACCUGGAUAUGUAGCAGGUCACUGUUUGUUUUUUUACUGUGUCAUACUUUAACUGCACCGAGGCAGCGUCAGCUCGUGAACACUCAACGCACGUUUUGAUUUCACGAUCCAGCCGGGUUCAAUUUUUUUAAAUAGAGCGACUCUGCCUGUAUGUAUUUUAAUAAUUUUCAAUGUGCCAUAAUCUUCAGACACGAAUGCCUUCUUUGUCUAAUCGAACACUUGAGGAGCAGGAAAGCUUGAUGUCUGUGUGCAUUCCAGUGAAAAGAAAAUUUAGCACAAGUUGUGAAACAUCUGCAAAGAAUCUCACGUUCGCUUCGGCCUAAUUGAAGAGAGAAUAAAAUGUAUUAUCUAAGUAUAGCAAUGCUGUUGAAUUGUACACAAGAAAUUAGCAAAUCUUCAAAGAGUGAAAAUUAAACUAGACUUCUGAAAGAAUAUUUAACAACUUGUUUGAUGUUCUGUUUACUCACAGGACAACAAACAUUACAUUUAGUCUUUGUGAAAACAGGCCUGAGUUUGUGCACCUAAAGGCUUUCUGUAAUGAGUGUGUAGCUGUGUCACAUGAUUUAUUCACCAUCAGUCGUGGAGUCAGUGGUGCAGGUUUAAUGAUGAACUCUUAUUAUAGUGUGUCGAUCAGAUGGGUGUUUCUGCUUCUUUUUGUUCCCGUUUGUGUAAAUGGACUGUACAAAACAAAGUGGAGCUUGAAGCAGAAGGUGUAAAUUUAACGUUACAGGUCUUAGACCACAUUAAAGAGGUGGGAAUUUUCCCCAUGGGGCACUUCUACUGUUGAUAAUCUUGUACAUUAUUUAUACUAUUCAGAUGACAGAGGAUCCAAUCUGCAACUGAAACUUCAACCACUGGGUGUUUUGGUUUGGUUACAGCUACCACAGAAAGAGUAAAGGCAGCAGCACCACACCCGUAGACAAAACUAAACUCCAAAGUUGCCUUCAGAUUUCACCAGCCACCUAAUGGGAUAGUUCAUUUUUUUUGUAGUGGGGCUCUUAAUCAUAGUCGAUGUAUCACCUACAGUAGAUGACGGUGGUCACGCCCCCAGUUGGGAGAAGCAGGCAGGAGUACAGACACGGAAAAUAAGCAAUGCUCUGCUGUGGACAGGGCAGCAACAAAACGCAAUUUAAGGCUCAGCACAUGAACACACUGCUAGUUAGCCAGUCAGCACAUUAACAACACUUCCAGUGUGGAAAGAACAAAGCAUAUUUACAGUGCACCAGUGAACAAUAACACGAACCAUCAUAAAACUUUCUGCUGAAGAACUUGGGCUCAAGAAAAAUAAUCUUGCCUAAAAUAAGUUUGUUUCAGUCACACUCCCUCUUGACUUUAGCCCAUUGUUUAUUUUCCUCACUUCCGUUUCUCUUCUUGUGCACUGUGCUAAACUGCCAAUCAGAAUACUCCUUUUGCAGACAGACUCCACUGCCGACAUGCUAAAUCAGCCAAGAAAAAAGCUGACUUGGGGCCAAUGAGAGGCAACAAUGCAGGACACACCGCAUCAACGAGGGCAGCAGACACUCGCUUGGUGUGUCAGAGCCGUCAUCACUGUUUUUGUCAAUGGAGUCUGGCUUUGAAGAGAGCAAAAUAACGGCUUCAGUUCCCUGUUGGAGAGGGCCGCCUGACAGUGGGUAAAGCAGUGAAAAUAUUCAAAAUAUAGUGCACACGUUUCGCUGCUGCCCCUCUACAGCUGUACAUUGCUUAGCUUCUGUAUCAGUACUCCUGCCUGCUUCUCCAAACUGGGGCCAUGCUAACUGCCAUCUAAUGUAUGUAACACACCAAUUAUGGAUAAGUACCUCAUACAGCCCCACUUCAAAAACUUCAAACUAUUCCUUUAAUGGGUGUGAGGUACAGCAACAAGGCCGUGUUUAGAGAUGAUUAUCACUGCCAGAACACACACCUCAGUGAGGUUUGAUUCGCUGCUUUCUUUUCUAAAUGCAAACCACAGUCUUCAGUCUACAACACAAUGUAUGAUGAUAUGAAUGAUCGACCCCAGUAUCUGAAGUGAUGUAAUUGAUUUCUGAAAAGCAAAUUUAAUGGACUUUUGCCUGUAAGUAGGAAGUGCUACAUGUAUAUUAUCAAAGACUUGUUAAGAGUAGUUUGAUGUGUUGGGAGACUUUGUGGACCUUUGAUGAAAAGUAAUAAAGAAUUCUGAAUCACUGCA